UCUCACUCUUCUACUGAGACUGUACAGUUGCCUGUUUUUAUUUCAAACAGGAAGUGUGUGUUAGGCUCUAAUGUGUGUGUGUGUGUGUGUGUCCUCCAGCACACCCUCACAGGUCACAGCGGGAAGGUGCUGUCAGCUCGCUUCCUAUUGGACAACGCUCGCAUCGUCUCUGGGAGCUACGACCGAACUCUCAAACUGUGGGACCUCCGCAGCAAAGUCUGUAUGAAGACGGUGUUUGCUGGUUCCAGCUGUAACGACAUUGUGUGCACGGAGCAGUGCGUCAUGAGCGGACACUUUGAUAAGAAAGUUCGAUUCUGGGACAUCAGAGCGGAGAGUAUAGUCCAGGAGCUGGAGCUGCUCGGCAGAGUCACGUCUCUGGACCUGAACCACGACCGCACCGAGCUGCUCACCUGCUCCAGAGACGACCUGGUGAAGAUCAUCGACCUGCGCACCAACACUGUCAAACAGACCUUCAGCGCUCAGGGCUUCAAGUGUGGAGCCGACUGGACCAGAGUCACCUUCAGAAGAGUUGUUAGCAGUCGGACCGACAAGAGGGUUUCUGUAGACCACACUGAGCUUUUUUCAGCUCAGUCGGACUUUGUGUGA